AUGGCACUUAAAACAUUCGACACAAGACUGCUCCCUGAAGUCCGGGCUCAAAACCUUACGCCGGAGGCAUUUGCGCCCUACGGAGGCAUCAUCAGCGCAGACCACCAGAUCAAAAACGCCGAAUCCUCUUCUGCCAACUAUGGAACGGCCACCAAAAUCCACCGCGUAGCACCUGUAGAAAACCACUUCAGCAAAUGUAAAUCUGGAGCUCCUGCUACGCCCAGAUGGAACAUAUUCCGCUGCUCGGCGCCGAAACAUCUCAUAAACGUCAAGAGUGGUAAAACCAAAACGUACACCGCCAAGGUUUUGGAAAGACAUCCUUAUAGUACGCAAACGUUCAUUCCAAUGGGCCAGGCCCGUGAGAAGGAUUCGUAUGUAGUGAUUGUAGCACAAACGGACUACUCCUCCGAUCAACUUCUUCCUGAUCCAACCACUUUGAAGGCGUUUAUCUGCAAAGGUAAUCAGUCCAUUACAUAUGGUGCUGGAACGUGGCAUGCCCCUAUGGUGGUUGUAGACGAGCAGAUUCCUCACAUAGACUUUGCAGUGUUCAUCCAUGAGAAUGGAGUGGCCGAGGAAGACUGUCAAGAAUGCUACUUCGAGCCAGGGUACUCGGUGGCAUACGAGGUGAAUGAGCUUCAACCAAAAUUAUAG